AUUGCGUUUUUUGAUAAAUGGCGCACUAAUUUGGCAUAAACCAACAAAAACAACAGCUUUGCUGUGAAAUAUGUGCGUCCCCAUCAUCACGCAACACAAUAAACAGCCAAUGAGAAUGGAACAAGCAGUCGCAAUGAGCACGUGAGGAAUCAGCCAAUCAGAAUCGAGUAUUUUGGGCGGACUAUUUGAACGCAGAAGAUUUCAAGAACGUGAUUGGUCCGCUUUAACGUCAAUACAGCUGUCAAAUGUUUUCAAAAAAAUUCAUCUGCCAUGUAAAAUACACAAAUCGUAAUAUCAUAUAUGGAUAGAUAAAUUAGAUAAAUUCUUAAAUAUAUCGUUAGGGGGUGAGAAAUUAUAAUUAUUAUCCCGAAGACGAGAAAAUCUAAUGUACGCUUCGUACGUGCGAAUGGUGACGUCACGCAGAGGGCGUGGAAACGGGCUACAUCAACAAAAGGGAAAAAGACUCGAAAAACAGAAAACAGACAGAAGACCUGCUUCAAGAAAAUGUCCGUCUAACAUUUCAGGUUACUUUGAGCUAACCGAAAGAGACCCGAGUGUCGACAUGGAGGCCUUCAGGCUGAUGAAGGAGCUGAAGCUGAACCUGGAGCAGGAGAGCCAGUAUCUGCCCAAGGAGUCGGGACUGAAGCUGAUCGAGGCCAACCCUGAGGGGAAGGGAAUUUCUGCAAAAUGUCGUGACGACAAAGUGGAGGAUCUCUGGAGCCUGACCAGUUUCUUUGGCUACAGCACACAGACUUUUGUCCUGGCUGUUAAUCUGCUGGACAGAUUUCUAGCUAUGAUGAAGGUUCAGCCCAAACAUCUGGCCUGCAUCAGCAUUGGCUGCCUUCACAUUGCUGCCAAAGUGGUGGAGGAUAAGUGCGAUGUGUCGUCAACGCACGAGCUGAUCCGCAUCAGCCAGUGCAAGUUCACCGUGUCUGACCUCGGGCGCAUGGAGAAAAUCAUCUCGGAGAAACUCAACUUCCAGUUCCAAGCCGUCACUGCCUUAACUUUCCUGCACCUGUACCAUGCGAUUGUACUGUCGCAUACCUCAAGCAGGAAAGAAAUCCUCAGUCUUGACAAGCUGGAAGCCCAGCUUAAAGCCUGCCUUUGCCGCAUUGUAUUCUCCAAAGCAAAACCAUCGGUGCUAGCUUUGUCACUCAUACAACAAGAGAUCGAGGCCUUGCAGUCAGCUGACCUGUUUGAGAUCGCCCAGUCCAUUCAGAGACACUUGAGGAUCUCAGAGACGGAGCUACAGCUCUGGAGAGGUCUGGUGGCCCAGUGCCUGGUGCAGUACUCCUCGCCUACAUGCUCCAAACCCAAUCACAGGAAGCUGGUGUGGAUUGUGUCCCGGCGUACGGCCCAGAACCUGCACAGCAGCUACUGCGGCGCACCAGAGCUGCCCACGAUCCCCGAAGACGGCUGGACUGAGAGUGAGGACUGGAGUGAAGAGCUGAGCUCUGGGGAGGAGUCUCUCAGCAGUUCGUUGGGUAGCGAUGCAGAGGGGCCUUAUUUCCCUGCCCACUUUCAAAAAAAGUCGGCUGCCUAAAGGCGCUCAGCUGAUCAGAGGCCAUUCUACAGAAAGUAACCUCAAAACAUGGCAGCAGCAGCUUCAUCUGCCUUACGAUACAAAACUCCAGCUUCCGAAGUGAUGUCAGCAACCACCCGGACCUCUCCAUGUUAAAGAGCCACAGUGCCUGGGUUCCACACUAGACGUUACUUGAGAACAUAGUAUGGCCGUUUGUCUUUUUUUUUUUUUUUUAAAUGUACUCUAAAUCUCCUGAUUAUUCUAUUUCACCUACUGUAGCUAUUACUGAUCCUUAUUUCUUCCUUUUUGUAACGGUUUUAAGCUAAGAAAAAAAAAUUGCACAACACAGGCAGCUAAAGUUUACAACCUGAGACCUUUAAAGGAAAAAAAAAAAAAAAACAUUAUCUACAGUGUUUUAAUAACUCUCGGUGCAUGUUCAGGUUUGCCACAUUCCAGGAGAUGACAGAAUCUGUCAAGAUCUGUGAGACUGUUCAACAACUAAGGACUGUUGAAUUCUGGGACGUUUAUCCCAGUUCUGUGCACAGUUUUAUAUAACGAUUGUCAUGGCUAAGUGUCAGGUUCCAUCGCUCUACAGACUGUGUUCAGCUUGAGACAGUCGGGUUGUGUUUUGUCGUGUGUAUGCUUUGGUUUGUAUAUGAGUGUGGUGAUGUGACCCUUAGACUUGCCAGAUUAGCUUAGGUUUAAAUUAGCCAAAGUAUGUGUUUGUGUGGAGAAAAACACAGUAACCUUGAACGUGUGUGUGUGUGUGAGAGAGAGAGAAAAAGAAAAUGUUGGGGGAAAAAAAUUCCACAAAAUGUAAAAAUGUCAAUACAAAAAAAAAAUGUAAAUUUGUAUAAUGUAUAAAAAAAAUGUAUAGGAAGUUGUAGAUACUAACUUAUUUAUUAUUGUUAUUUUUGUCAUGUUAUAUAAAACUAAAUAUUUUUAAAUUCAAA